AUGCAAGGCUUCUGCAUCCCAUGGCGCUACCUCUCGGGCCCGGCCACCCAAACGCCCCACCCUCCCGACUCCGAUAUUGACGAUUCUGGUCUUGAAGGCGAGGACGAAGACGAGGACGGCUUCAUAGAAGUCGACACCCCCGCCAAAAUCCCAGCCGACUCCCACUGCGACCCUCUCCUGUACUCGCCUCCCAGCCGCAAAGAACUCGCCUACCACACCGCGCGCAACCUCGCCAGCGACGCAAAAGAGCUCGCCCAAACAACACUCGAAGCGGCAGCGGCCACCGGCAUCCCCCAGUGCGCCGCCCCCCUCGCCGCAACAGCCGCCACGACCAGUCUCGCUUACCUCCAGCACCACCUCCCCACCUGGGGUCAACUGACCAGCACGCUCCGAGCACGAGCAACACAGUGCUGGCAGCAUCGAUAUCUCUGGCGCCAGCAACAGUUUCCUGUCUCUUCUGGUGACUACCCGCGCCGUCCGCCGCCGUCAGGGAGCUCGGACAUCCCGAUGUUCCCGGAGCGCGUGGACGAGCUGCCGAGGAGUGCGUGGUAUGCGCAGCGCGAGGAAGGGGCGGAGCGGGGGUUCGGGCCGGCGCUUAUGCGGGCGGUUGGGGAGGGUGAGGCCAUGAAUGACUUGGAGAAUGACUGCCAAGAGAUGUUGAAGGAUCGAGAUGAUGAGGAGAGGAGCGGAGGAGGUGGGGCGCUGGCGUGCGCUAACACGCCAGCGGGCGGUGAAGAGGAGACUGAGGAACGGGUGCUGGCUGAGAUGCUGCGCGGUUAUGCAGGCGAUGCCAGAGCGGCACAUAGGUCCGGAGCAAGUAAGUAA